AAAGAAAGGUAGGGUGAGAGCGCGCCUGCCAGCUUUUUGGCGACAGUGUCCCGCACAGAAUUAUUCUCUCAGUGCUAAAGUUGUCGUCGCGCUGUGCAAAGCUCGAAGCUCGUGGGUUGUGUUGCGUCGGAAAUCGGGCCAGUUACACAGCGCCCGCUCACCGCCCACCGCACACCGCCCUCGUCCCGUGCCACGCCACGCAACGCUACGCCUCUCGCCUCCCGCCUGACAAGACGGUGCUUGCGUGCGUGCGUGCGCGUGUUGUCGCCGGUUGUAAAACCCAAAGGAACCCAAAGAAACACAGCCAGUGAAAAAAGUGAAUCAAACUGUUUUUGCAUAAUACUCAUACUCAAACCAAUCAAAAUCCAAAUCGAACUGAGAAAUCCAUCCCAAAAUCUGAGCCGCCUAAUCAAUGUGAGAAUCAAAUCGUAUCAGAUGCAAAUGGAAAAACUAAAUAUUCCAACUGGCGCGUAAAUAGAAUUGCGAGUUUAGUAUAUUCUUGGUACAUAAUAUUAUAUUAACGUAGUUGUUGUGUUGUCAAGUGCAGUGCAAAGUAAUUUGCCUCCGUUGUCGCCACUAAUACGAGUUCCUGCCUCCACCAGCCGCCGGCCCGCCCGCACUGACAGUCAGUGCCCUCCUGCCACCACCGGCUGUAGCGCCAGCCAGCGAUUGUUGAUAACACAGCCCACCAAAGCAACAACGAAACGCGACAAAAACACAGAACUCGGAAAAACAACAAGAGAAGAAACACAGUCAGAGUGAAUGUGAAUGCAUUUGAACUCAGCGUAAAAGCUCAAUGUGAGUGCAAGUGUGAGUGCGAGACGAUACACAAAACAAAUCGAAGGCAAAAAUAGAAUUGGCUGGAAGCCGUAGACACUGGAGGCAGUCUCUGGACAAGGAGCGAGGAUUAACUUCUACACUAGGAGAAGGAGGAGAAGGAGAGGAGCGUGUAUUUUUUAAGGCCAUCAAAAUACAAACAAAAGGGCCACGCCACGCCACGCCACACCCAAAGAGGACAAAAGGCUGGGGCAAACGUGCGUGAAGUGAAAUCUGGAGGCUAACCAGGCGAUGAGACUGAGGCUGGUCCAUCAAUUACCCCCAGCCAGCACUCACCUGCCCUCCCGAGUUGUCCAUUAAAACUAAAGUGGAGGAUUGGAGCAGGCAACAACAGGUUGCCUUGGGGGUCGUCACAUAAAUCCCGCCACUGAAUCGGACCCCGUGCCCACAUAAGUGGGCGCCGACGAGUACGUGACUCAAUCAGCCCACGCAGCAGGAGCAGCCAGGAGCAGCUGAGGCCACAGGAGCCCUCGCGGCUCAUCGCUAACGAGGCGACAUCCUGGCCAUUUCGCAAUGAUUUCAUGCACGAGCUCGGCCACCGACGAACACCACUGAGCAGCAGCAGCAGCAGCAGCAGCAUCAGCAUCCGCAGCAGCAACAUGACAGAUGUGUCAGCGGCAGCUGGCGGCGCCACAGCUCCGGCGGAGACCGCCACCGCCGCCGCCACGUCGUCGUCAGCAUCCAAACCGCUGACCAAUGGCGCCAAUAAGACGUCAACGGCCAUGGCAACGCCAACGGCAACGCCAACAGCAGCUGCCGCAGCAGCAGGAACGGCAGAGGCAGGAGCAGCAGCAGCAGCUAUCGCCUCGGUGGCCAGCACAAGCAAUCAGGUCAAGUUGGAGCACCACCACCACCGGCAGAGCCAUAACAAUCGGCCAGUGGCACCGUACCCGCCUGUGCCCGCCGCCAAACCCUCUCCCGAAAGCAAAUCCAAGUCUAGACCUCGCGAAAUGGAGGCCGCCUCGAGGCCAACACCUGUGAAGAGUUCCAUCAUCAGUCCCGGCAUCAGCAUUCACACCCAAACGAUACCGCAGGAGAAGAGCAGCGUCAAGCCGGGCACGUCCUCCGCCCAGCAGGAUGUCGAUGAGGUGGCGCGUCUCUUCGAGGAGAAGCCGGAGGCCUUUGAGAAGUGGCUGACGGAGCGGGCGCCACCAGAGGCACUCAGCCGAUUGCAGGAGUUCAUCGAGAGCCGGAAACCGCUGAAGCGGCCUUCGGUUACCUCGGAUCUCUUCCAGCAAUGGAUGUCCUCCUCGCCCACAGUGCAGCAGAAAUCGCCGAGGAGCCUCUCAAAUUCAUCGGCCUCGUCCUCGCUGCCGGAAUGCCGGCGCCAUUUGAUGGACCUGGAUGAGGGCGAGCUGUUCAUGGAGCUGAUUCGCGACGUGGCCAAUGAGCUGGACAUCGAUGUGCUCUGCCACAAGAUAUUGGUGAAUGUGGGGCUGCUCACCCAUGCGGAUCGCGGCUCCCUCUUCCUGGCCAAGGGCACGCCCCACAACAAGUACCUGGUGGCCAAGCUCUUCGAUGUAACACAAAAGACAGCACUCAAGGAUGCCGUGAAGCGGGCCAGUGCCGAGGAGAUUAUCAUUCCCUUUGGCAUUGGCAUUGCCGGCAUGGUGGCCCAGACAAAGCAGAUGAUUAACAUCAAGGAGGCGUACAAGGAUGCCCGAUUCAAUUGCGAAAUCGAUCUCAAGACCGGCUACAAAACGAACGCCAUCCUCUGCAUGCCCAUCUGCAAUUAUGAGGGCGACAUCAUAGGCGUUGCCCAAAUUAUCAACAAAACGAAUGGAUGCAUGGAAUUCGACGAGCAUGAUGUGGAAAUCUUUCGCCGGUAUCUGACUUUCUGCGGCAUUGGCAUACAGAAUGCCCAGCUCUUCGAGAUGUCCGUCCAGGAGUACAGGCGCAACCAAAUCCUCCUCAAUCUGGCCCGCAGCAUCUUCGAGGAGCAGAACAAUCUCGAGUGCCUGGUGACCAAAAUCAUGACAGAGGCCCGCGAACUCCUCAACUGCGAACGCUGCUCCGUGUUCCUCGUGGACCUGGACUGCUGCGAGGCGAGCCAUUUGGAGAAGAUAAUUGAGAAGCCCAAUCAGCCGGAGCAACGACCCACACGGGCCAUCAUGCCCGGCGACAGCUUCGACGAAAAGCAAAAAAUGCGCAACCGCUUCACGGUGCUCUUCGAGCUCGGCGGGGACUAUCAGGCGGCCAGUGUGUCCCGCCCCUCAAGUACCGAGCUGAGCACCUCGACCCUGGCACAGAUUGCACAGUUUGUGGCGACCACCGGGCAAACGGUCAACAUAUGCGAUGUCCACGAGUGGGUGCGGGACCACAACCAGAUACGGGCGGAGAGCGAGAUCGAUAGCACCCAGGCCAUACUCUGCAUGCCGAUUGUGAAUGCCCAGAAAGUUGUGAUUGGAGUGGCACAAUUGAUUAAUAAGGCCAAUGGCGUACCCUUUACCGAAUCGGAUGCAUCCAUUUUCGAGGCCUUUGCCAUCUUCUGCGGAUUGGGCAUCCACAAUACACAGAUGUACGAGAACGCCUGCAAGCUGAUGGCCAAACAGAAGGUGGCCCUGGAGUGCUUGAGCUACCAUGCCACAGCCAGCCAGGAUCAGACGGAGAAGCUCACCCAAGAUGCCAUUGCCGAGGCAGAGUCCUACAAUCUGUACAGUUUCACAUUUACGGACUUUGAGCUGGUGGACGAUGACACCUGUCGGGCCGUGUUGCGGAUGUUUAUGCAAUGCAAUCUGGUCUCCCAGUUCCAAAUACCCUACGAUGUGCUCUGUCGUUGGGUGCUGAGUGUACGCAAGAACUAUCGUCCUGUAAAGUAUCACAAUUGGCGGCACGCCCUCAAUGUGGCUCAGACCAUGUUCGCCAUGCUUAAGACUGGCAAAAUGGAGCGCUUCAUGACGGAUCUGGAAAUACUGGGCCUGCUGGUGGCCUGCCUGUGCCACGACCUCGACCAUCGCGGCACCAACAACGCCUUCCAGACCAAGACCGAGUCCCCGCUAGCCAUUCUCUACACGACCAGCACGAUGGAGCACCAUCACUUCGAUCAGUGUGUGAUGAUCCUCAACUCCGAGGGCAACAACAUAUUCCAGGCCUUGUCCCCGGAAGACUAUCGCUCCGUUAUGAAGACUGUGGAGAGCGCCAUCCUGUCUACCGACCUGGCAAUGUACUUCAAGAAGCGCAAUGCCUUUCUGGAGCUGGUCGAGAAUGGGGAAUUUGAUUGGCAGGGCGAGGAGAAGAAGGAUUUGUUGUGCGGCAUGAUGAUGACUGCCUGCGAUGUCAGUGCCAUAGCCAAGCCGUGGGAGGUGCAGCACAAGGUGGCCAAACUGGUGGCCGAUGAGUUCUUCGAUCAGGGUGAUCUCGAGAAGCUGCAACUAAAUACUCAGCCAGUGGCCAUGAUGGACAGGGAGCGCAAGGACGAACUGCCCAAGAUGCAGGUGGGCUUCAUUGAUGUCAUCUGUCUGCCCCUGUACCGCGUGCUCUGCGACACCUUUCCCUGGAUCACGCCGCUGUACGAGGGCACGCUGGAGAACCGUCGCAACUGGCAGGAUCUGGCCGAGAAGGUGGAAAUGGGCUUGACCUGGAUCGACCACGACACCAUUGACAAGCCCGUGGAGGAGUUUGCCGGCUGUGCGGAUGAGGAGAUCAAGGACAUUGAGUUCACGGUGACCACGCUCAACUGCAAUCAGCAGGCGCAGCAGCAUGUGGCAGGUGCAGGCGGCGACGACAGCCACACCCCGGAGCAUCAGCGCAGCGGCUCUCGGCUGAGCAUGAAGAAGACCGGGGCCCUGGGCAAGGCCGUCCGCUCGAAGCUCUCGAAGACGUUGUACAACAGCAUGGACGGCUCCAAGCCGAAGACCUCGCUGAAGCUGCUCGAGUCGCAUGUGAGCGAGGACAUGGACGACAAGAGUCCGACGAGUCCCUCACAGCCGCAGGCAGGCGGCAGCGUGGGACGCAUGUCCGCCUCGUCCUCCACCUCAUCCGCCGGCACUGUGGUGGACAAGUCCAAGAAGCGCUCCAAGCUGUGCUCGCUCUUAUGACGAAAGCCCUCCAAUUAGAAUAUGGCGACCCCCUCCAGCACCUCUGGCAGUGAGACUGACAAGUGCGGAGGGGGGCUGACAGAGUUCUAAUUGGAGAUCGGAGAUGGGAGUGUACUCUGGGAGGGUGUACCCUCUAUCCACCCUCUACCCUGUGUGUAGCUCCUACUAUUUGUAUGUCUAUAGGUGGAAAACUAUCCACAAAAUAUCCCCCAAAACCACAUACCACAAGAUGAGCAGGAGGAUGAGAUGGAUGCGGAGGUGUAGGAGGAAGCAAAUGCAGUUGCAAUAUUAAAAUAAGUGAAUGUCAAAAUAUGUGAUCUAUUUAAGGUCCAGAAGGUGCGAAGGUGCGAAGCUCACGCGUUGAACCUUACCUUUUGGUGGUUACAGUUACACACUCUAUCUCUCUCUCUCUCACACACACACACUCUGAACUGUAGUUAUCCCCCUGUAAGCUCCCCAGUACCCAAGUAGAUGGAUCAGUUUAAGUAAUGUAUCUCGGUGUGUAUGUAUGUAUGUAUGUAGUUCCAAUAACCAAAUCGUGCUAGUCAAACGUAUGAAAUACUAUACCUAACCUACUAUAUGCAUAACCUAAUCUAACCUAAAUAAAUUUAAGUAGAAAUCUGUAAUUGUUUAAGCUGCAAUUCGUGAGGCUAUGCGAGAUCAGGCAUCGAUGUAUCCCUAAUACAUAUGUACAAUGUAUGUAACUAUAUGUAACUAUGAAUAUGCACAGACUGUGCUGUGUGAAAAACUAUAGCAAUAUUAUAUGAUAUUUCCCCCACCCCACACACAACACCCAACCAAAAGAAAACCAAACAAAUUAAACUCUAAUGUGAGCACAGCACAAAUAUUGAGAGUAUCAAUACGAAAUGGAAACUUAGACACAAACAAAAGGUGUACGCAAAUUGUUCUUAAUAUUCAUCCACAAACCGCAAUCCGUUUAAUUGUAUAAAUAGAUAAACAUAAAGAUAAACAUAAAUAUAAAUACAUAUAGACGCCAGUCAAUUUUUGAACUCGAAACUCAAGCUAAAAUACGAUACACUUGGCAUACUUGGCAUACAUUUAUGACUGUAGGCGCACUCGGUAAAUAAAUAAUAAAUAUGUGUGUAUGUUUAUGAGUAAUAUCCGAUCGGUUCCACACACACACACACCUCUUCUACAUAUUGUAGUUGUUGCAAAGAAGUUUACUUUACCUCCGUGUGUACGUCUGUGUACAAAGCAAACUAAGGUACAUAUGUGAACGAACUAUGAUUGCAAAUAUUUAUACAAGAUGCAACUAUUAAUGAUGUGUAACUACAACUGAAUUGCUUGGAGCCGCAAUGUUUAGGAGCCGCCACCGCCAUCUCAUUGUUUUUUGUCAUUUUUCUGCGUGUGCUGAGAUGGCUUUCUCAAGAUCAAAUUCGAAAUGUAAUCUUAAAUCAAUAUGUAUACAAUAAAAAUGUAUAUUUUUCUAGUUAAUCUGCCGACGCUCGCUUCAAAAUCAAAAUCCAGACAACUUUACGAAUAGCGAAUCCUUUUGUUUUUGUAACAAAUUAAUUGUGUAUAUUUCAUAAUCAUUUCGUUGUUGAUUGUUUCUGUUCCUAAGAAUUAUUCACCUUUAUUUACAAUACCUAAAUAUGUAAGACUUGCAAUUGAAUCAAAAAUAAAUCACACAAUUGGGAAUUACUCUGAA